AGCAAGGUGCACGUUGUCUCCUAGACAGGAGCGCGGAGUAAAAUUUCUCUAGAAUUUUGACUUGACUUCAAGAGAUUCGCCUCUGAAACUCACUCAGUCACCGGGAGCCGGUUUGUUCAGCGAGUCCCGGGAAGACAUCUCUGAAGUCUAAAGCUGUGACCUAACCCACAAAGUGCAUUUUUUUUUUUUUUACUUUUUGCUUUGAGUGAUUUUAGAUAUUUAUUUUUUACAUUGUGUUUUUCAGUUUUGACAUGUGACAUAUUUUUUUGUUGGAUAUGACGCCGCAUGAUGUGACCGUUUGUUCGCACUCAGUCGCUGAACUGAAGGGGGAUGUUCAAGUGAGAACCGCCGCCGAGGACGAUUUAUAAAAAAAGAAGAAAUGUACAUAGGAGAACCUGGAAACAUUGGAUCUGUAGCGAAUAUUUCCGCCUCUUACGCCUAAUUUUGGCAUUUUUUAUUAUUUUAUGUCAGACUGAGAGGAGAGUUUUGUCUCCAUUGGUGAAAGUCCAGGGGGGUAACGGCCAGCGGACCGAGAAGUCAAAAUAGAGCAGAGCAGUCAUACUAUUUUGCUUUACGUAUUUAGAUUUUUUUUUUUUGGAUUAAUGAUUAUAAAAACUUUUUAUAAUUUUUUGCCGUCCUGGGACUGACGCAACUUGACGCGCAGCAUAGGAAGAAACACAGACGCUCCUCUGGUUUAGGAGACACCACAACUAACCCGCUGCUUUGGUUCCAUUUGUUCCUUUCUUCGCAUUUUGUCUGUGCGUUUUUUGAUAUUUGAACAGCUCCUUUUAACUUCCUUAUAAAAUUGCGGCGUUUACCUUUAAACUUGUUUUUUUUUAACAAGGAAAAAAACGUUUUGUUUUUGAAGGAAAGCAUUUUUAUUCAUUGGAGGUCCCAUCUGUCAGUAAAACCCGCAAAGUGGAAGACCGAAGCGGGUGUUAUUUUUAAGACCCUCUCAGAGCCCCCUCUCUGUACCGAUGGAGAUUCAUUGUAAGCACGACCCGUUCGCGGCGAUGCACAGACAUGGUGGGGUGAACCAGCUCGGAGGUGUGUUUGUAAAUGGCAGACCCCUCCCAGACGUGGUCCGACAGCGAAUAGUGGAGCUUGCCCAUCAAGGGGUUCGACCCUGUGACAUCUCAAGGCAGUUGCGUGUCAGCCAUGGAUGCGUCAGCAAGAUACUGGGCAGGUACUAUGAAACGGGCAGCAUCCGUCCCGGGGUAAUCGGGGGAUCCAAACCAAAGGUUGCUACACCCAAAGUGGUCGACAAGAUUGCCGAUUACAAACGCCAAAAUCCAACCAUGUUUGCCUGGGAGAUCCGGGACAGGCUCCUGGCCGAGAGAGUUUGCGACAACGACAGUGUCCCCAGCGUCAGCUCCAUCAACAGGAUCAUAAGGACCAAGGUUCAGCAGCAGCCUGGUCAAACGGGUUCGGUGUCGGCUCACAGCUUAGCGACGUCCGUGGCUGCCACGCAGGUUUCAGGGGUCACCAGCGACUCUGCUGGCUCGUCGUACUCAAUCAGCGGUAUCCUAGGAAUCAGCUCUGCUGCCGACGUAGGCAAGAGGAAGAGGGAUGAAGUCUUACAGGAGUCACCGCUGGCUAACGGGCAUGGCCAGAGUGGUCGGGACUUCCUCAGGAAGCAGAUGAGAGGGGAGCUGUUCUCGCCGCAGCAAAUCGAGGUAUUGGAUCGCCUCUUUGACAGACAGCCCUCCUGUCCAAUCCAAACCACCCACGAGCUCUAUGUGAGCCCUGAUUCUGGCAAGACAUCAGACUACUCGGCUAUGGCCUCUCUAGCAGGCGGGCUGGACGAGAUGAAGAACAGUUUGGCCAAUCCGGGCACAGGGACGGAGUUAGGAACCAAUGUGUCCGGCCCACAGUCUUACCCCCUAGUUCCAGGUCGAGACCUAGCCAGCACAACUCUGCCAGGCUACCCUCCUCAUGUCCCCCCAACAGGACAGGGCAGCUACUCUACUCCCUCUCUCACUGGCAUGGUACCUGGGGGAGAUUUUUCCGGGAGUCCAUAUUCCCACCCACAGUAUUCCACGUACAAUGAAUCAUGGAGAUUUCCAAACCCUAGCCUAUUAGUGUUUCAGCAGGAUUAUGGGUCUCUCCUGGGGACGGAGAUUGGCUGCUCAUCCAGUCUCUUCACCAGUCAGGCAGGACAGAUGCAAGGUACACCGUAUUACUACAGUGCAACGUCACGGGGGGCAGGCCCUGCUGCCACUGCAACAGCCUCUGCCUACGAUCGCCAUUGACCCCUCCAGAGAGAAGAGAAGGAUGAAGAGCAGGAAGACAAGGGAGGAAUAGAUGGAUAGCACCAGCACCGUUCAGUAAAAACCUGCUUGUUUGAGCAAGGACUGAAGCAAGAAGUUUUACAGAUCUUUUGACGUCAGUGAAGUUUGAUUUUUAUUUGAUUCCAAACACACACCUUGGCUUCGAAACAAUACUAUCUGGUUGUACAUUAUUGUACAAAUGCAGAAACCAUUUAAAUUAAAGUAACAUUUUUAGAAAUUCGGACGCUCCUACAGUAUGUACAUUCUUAUCUUUUUUAAUUCAUAAAACCCAAGAAGUCGAGCUAAUUGUUUUGCUUAGAGACUGCUAUAUAUUUAAACUAAUCAGAGCAAAAUCCCUUCUUAGACAGUACUUUUUAUGACUUGACAUCAACCAGUUUUCUAUGCCAUGCUGCAGUGGAGUGAAGACAAUCCAAUCCUCUUAAAUCUGAAUGACCAAAAUCCCCCAUGACAUCAUUUCAUUUUCUGUGGCUUAUAUACUAUUUUGUGUUGGUCUAUCACAUAAAACCCCCAAGAAAAUACAUUGAAAUGUUUGGUUGUAAUGUGAAAAACUGAAAAUGUUCAUGGGGUAUUAAUAGUUUGCAAGGCACUGUAAAGGCCAAGGAGACUGACAUUUGUGUCCCAAAAAGAAGACACAAUGUUGACCUCUAAGUAUUUAUUUCAGUUGGUAUUUUUUAGCUUUGUGGCUGUAAGAUUUAGUGACAAACUUGUCACAUUUGCUGCCCGAUUAGCUCAUUAUCGCCUAUUAUCACUGUUUAGUGGUGGGGUUUAAUGAACACUCAGAUUUCAUGACUAGACAUCAGUACGAUUACCUAAUAAUAAAAACUGCAUCCUCACAACAUGGAUAUUAUUAAGAGAACUGGCUGAUCGAUGCCAAAGAUGGCAACCACUCACUUGAUAGGAAAUUGUUUGACUGGCAAGCCAAAAGCAUUUCUUAGCCUUCCCACAGCCCAUGCACAACAGCAUUUUCUGACACCGGACAUGCACACAGGUAAGAAUCAAAAUAAAACUUACUUGUGAAUGCACUGCGGAGAUCUUAAUAGAUUUAGAACUAAAUGUUUUAAUAACCUCAGACUUUGUUUUCCAUUAAUAAUUUUCAAGGUUUUAACUAAUGACCUAAAGGAGUUACGUUGGGAGAUUUUUAGUUGCAAUAUUUCAGAUAAUCAGGUGAAAAAGUGACAAGUCUGAGUGUUCAGUUUCAGGCCAUCUUAAUUCCUCCAUGCCGUCAGAUCCAUGCUUACAUUUAAGUAGCGCAAAUGCUAUCAGAAAAUAUACAGUGCCAUUCACAGAUUUACUCUGGUUUUGCUGUAUUGUCACACUUAAAUGUGUUAGAUCAUGAAACAAAUUUAAAUCUCAGACAAAGAUAACCUAAGUAAAUUCAGGAUGCAGUUUAUGAAUGACAGACUAAUUUAUUAAGGGAAAAAGGCUAUCAAAAGCAACCCGGAAAUAUAAUUGCUCCCCUUGUUAAAUCAUAAAUUUAUUGUGGUUUACCAAAUUGUUUUUGGUUCAAUUUAAUUAUCCAAACCCAGGCCUGAUUAAUGCCAGACCUGUAAAAUCAAGAAAUCACUUAAGAGGAACUUAUCUGACAACAUGAAGCAGGCAACACGCCUCAACGUAAAAAAUAUUAACAGAUAAGAAACAAAGUUAUCAGUCUGAAAACGGCUGCAAAAUGAUUUCUAAGGAUUUUGGACUCUAGAGAACCCCAGUAGAAGCCAUUAUGCACAAAUGUAGAAAACAUCCAACACUUCUAAACCUUCGCAGUAGUGGACGGCCUUCUAGAAUUAUUCCCAAGUGCAUCAAUAACUAAUCUACAAGGUCACGAAAGAAACCAGAACAAUAUCUGCAGACCUAGCUUGCCUCAGUGCCAGUGGCAAAUCCCACUGCCGGCCAAAAAGAACCCAAACGUCUGUCAAACAUUUUGAUUUUUCCUGGGAAUAUCCUCGAAAAACAUUCUCCGAACUGGCUUAACCAAAAGUGAAACUUAUUGGAGUGGAAGUUGCGUAAGACUAACAGCGUUUCAGAAAAAAGAGCAUCAUACUGACAGUCAAACAUGGUCUGGGGCUGUUUGGCUUCGGGAGAGGCCUAGUCAAAGUCUGUACUUAAAUCUGAUUGAGAUGCAAUGCUCAAGUUCUCUUUGACUUAUAUUAAAAAUGGUUGAUGAUCUGAAACAUUUAAGUAUGACAAAUUAGCAGAUUAAGAAGAAGUCUGUAAAGUUACAAAUAAUCUUUCAUGGUGCUCUACAUGCCUUUCUAGUAAAGCACAACCUAAAAUCUGAGCCCUCCACUCUAUGAACUGUUCAUACAAACCAAAAUCUUUUCCACCUAUUGUUGUCACUGUACAGUAAGGUGCUAUCCUACCUCUCCAGCAAAGAUUUUGUACUCCUGAUCAAUAGCUAUUUAUCAUGGAGGAGACACAGAGUAAUAUAUUCAGAGGUUUUUCUGCACUGCAAUCCUGGAUGAGAGGAAACACCUGUAAGGAUUUAUGAUACUGUCAUGUGCUAGAAUAGUGAUAAUAUGAUGUGGAUGACGAUUCAGUGAAUAAUAAAAUCUGGAAAACAUUUAGGAUAAGAAGAAGUCUUUGUUUAUAAAUGUGCUCAGAUUGAGAUGUAACUGUUUAUGGUUUGUUGCCUGGUACCAGUCGACAGAGGUGCAUCCCCUGAAUGUUCAGACCAAGAACCAGGAACCAGUAGCACCCUUGUUUUCUCUUUCUUUGCUUUUUCCUGUGCUGUUGAUUAUUCCCCAAAGAUGGCUACCCCUAGUGGAUUGGGUGACAGAAGCACAAAGAGACUCGAAUCACUGUUUUUAACAAGUUUUUCUCCUGUGUGACUGCGUAUGGUUUUUGAGAUAUUUAAACAAUUCCUUUAAAACAUUGCUUUUAUUAAAAAGGCACGUCAAAGUUUCCUCCUUUUCUUUCAGGCUGACUUUGUAUUCUUCGCUACAUCAGUUCUGCGUUGCGACAAUUCUUGACACCAGGGUUGAGGCCUUACUCCUCAUGUUUAGAAUGGGGUAGACUUGCCCUCUGGUGUUGAUCUGAAAUCAGUGUGUUGUCCCUCACACACGUCAGACGGUCCAGUGUUGAUUUGGUGAGAGGGCAACAUUUUUCUUGUACACAAGAUUUAAAGAAAUCAGUAAAAGAUAAAAAAAGAGAAGUCAAUCAGAAGAUUUUAUUUAUUCACAUUUAAGUUUCAGAGUACAAACUUUUGUAUGAUAAAAAUAGAGAGUUUUAAGACACAUGCUGUGGUUUCAGCCAUUAUCUGUUUACACAUCUUCGGUUUCGUUUUUUAUCGUGGUUAGCUAACCAUAUUGCAUCGUUGCUUCUGUGUCGUUUUAGGAAGCACCAAAUCUGCAGUGGAAAAAUAAAUAUAGGUUUAUAAACCUACUAUUACCAUGAUCAUUUAAAAAAUUGUAGUUUUUCUGUUGUCUUUGGACUUUUUAUUUAAAAUAGUUGAUAUAGAGUUGAUCAUUUUGCAUCUGUAGACUUUAAAAGUUGUACAUCUACAUCUGAUCUACUGGUGUGCACCUCAGCUAUAGGUUUUCCCUUUUUCUGUCUUUUUCUCUGUUAUUCUAACGCACUAUUGAACCUGAACCGCACCAGCUGAAAACAAGGACAGUGCCUUUAGUUUUAUAUGUUGACAUCCCCCUAAGUGAUCGCAAGUUGCUAAAACCGGACAUCUGUACUUGUAAAUUCAUACAAAUCUCAUUACAAACAGUAACUAGUGACAUAAAGCUCCAACCUCAACACCUACAACUGAUCUACCACUGUCAGAGAACUAGAUGAAUGAGAUGAAUGUGAUUUUUCAGUCACAGACUUGCUAAACCUCAGUCUCUCUUCUUAACCUUAAAAAUACAUGGAAACCGAUUAUCAUUUAAUCUUCAGUAUUUUAACUGAUUUCAUUUCAUUUAUGAUUUAAGGUUUAGUUUUGGUUCCUUUGUCUGUUUCUAGCAAGCUGCAGAGAUGUGCACCUUUGAGCACAAGAGGUAGCUCUUGUAACGUAGAGAAGAGAGUCAAUGAAUCAUGAAUCAUGAAUCAAUGAAUCAUCUCCACUCUACUUAAUGUCAUUCUCUGCUCUAAAACAUUCAGAGGUUGUCAAGAUGGCACAUAAUGAUCAAGUUUGAUCUCUUUCAAAUCGGCAUGGUAGCAAAAGUAACUUCAAAGAGUAACAAGUGCAGUGAAAAGAUUGCUCCCGUCCUGGCUUCACCUCCGAACAGCUUUUAGUUAACCUCAGGGACGAGCUGAUGGCUCAGUUCAGAGCUUAACUUCAUCAAAUGGUGGCAAAAUGAGACUAAAUUCAUUUAGCAGUGAAGGACCAUUAACAACAUUCUAUUUCCUAAACCAUCUUAUUUGAAGGCCAGAGCCAUUGGAACAACCUGCCUACUUGUACCUGCCGAAUACCUGAAAAUAAAAGGUUGGCUUCAUAUUGAGACCUUUCAAUGCUUUUGUAGCCAUAUCAAGGAGUUGGUUAUCAGAAAGGUAAAGGUUUACAACCUUAGCAUAAAAAUCCAAUAUCGUGUCUGUAAGUGUACAACAAGGUUAUAACUGCUGCAACAAAUUUUAUUUGCACUUUGUUAGUUGGUAUUUAAUAAAGUCCAUUACAAGUUACUCUACAGCAUCUACUUGAGAGCAUGUUCCUUCACAGUUUGAAUGCAUUAAAUGCUGAAACAUACCUUGAUAUCUACUUUCAUUGCUAUCAGUAAUUAGCCUGCUCAUUUACCACAACAGUUCAUUUGGUUGUGACAUUAUUCUCAGAUUCAAGUUCUGGGUUUAGAGGCAAUCAGUUGGUGUCCUGAAUGCACCAAAGCUUUCAAGGUAUUGGGCUUACAGUUUCCCUCCAGAUGAGUAGGUAGUGAUUAUGUUAGGAAGUGUAAGUGGUUUCUCACUUUUAGUCUUCUUCAUCCGCUGAGUCUCCUGGGCUACCAUUUGACUGAGAGUUUUAUUAUCAUGCAUAUGCAGUGAGCGCACCGUGCUGGGCUGCACACAGUUGACUGGUCCAGUUAAAGAAAUUUCUAUCACAUACGUCUAACAAUCAAAGAGAUGGUCGAGCAAAUGGUGGACCAUGACUUGCGCAUCACACUUCAGAGCCGAAUUGUCAGAAAAGCUUUAAAGAAGUCCACCUUUCAUAGUCUUAUAUGGAUAUUAUAUAUGACCAGUUAGCUUGAUCAGCCCCAGCCUGACUAAACAGUCCGUAACACAAAAAGUUUAUCUUUUAGUGAUGAGUUAAUGCACAUUAGUAAGCAUUAUCAGGUUGUGGUAACAACAACAAUCUUUAGUGGGAACGCUUUGACUGAGUGAAGAAGUCAAGGUUAGCAAGUAGGGUGUUUAAAAGUAGGUCAGAGGAAGCACACAGAUGUAAACAGUUAGACAUUGCAUGUCUUCAAGAGAACAAGAGAGGCCAAGAUUUUCAGAAGAUACCAGGAAGGCUGAACAUGUUACAGCCAACUUGCUCUGCUUUGUCCAUAUAAGCUUUCAGCAAACAUGUUGGAUCUGGAAAUGUUGGUAGCCUUUUGGAAAUAUCUGAGUUAAAGAAAGCAGUCACAUUCUCUAGCCCAGAAAUAGCCCUGAUACUGAUGUUUUAUUGAUGCUAAUUGGUAUAGUAAUCACUAAUAUAUCAUUUGCCUUUAAAACUAAAUCUGUAAAACUGUGUGACCCUGACUCUGCUCCUUAAAUAAAUAAAGACCGCUCACAGCAGGAACAUUAGAAAAACAAUUUAAAUGCUGUUCCUAUAUUUUCAGAUAUAUCAUUGCUUAAAAAGAAGCUUACAUCAGCAGAAAUUGGUAUUAGCAAGUCAUGGUUUCACAAAAACCGGCAAUCUGAAAUUGGUUACAAAACUCUGAAUGAUGCAUCUAUAAUUAAUUUUAUUUGAAUGUCGAUGCCCUUCAUUGGACUCCUAACAAAACACACACUGGGCUGUAGUGGACAAAAGCCAAAUUAACUUAAGACAAUUAGUUAAGGUUUAACUGCAAAGUAGCAAGUCAGCAUCAAAUUAGAGCUUCUUAGCUUCACAUUACCAAAUUCUGUCUUCUUAGAAAAAACAAUUAAAUGAACAAAACCUUAUAUAUUCACCCCAGACUAUGUUUGAAUGGACAUAUUUAUGUAAUGUGUGUAAAUUAAGGAUAGAUCAUCCCAAAUACUGUAUAAUAUUGUUUAGCAGGAGAACAAAUACUAACACUCUACAGGAACACAGAAUUUAAACUUGAUAAGAGCUAUUAAACAGCAUGUUUGUAACCAUUUCCUUAAGGACAGGUUUUGGCAGGGAUCUGCGAUUGAAACGUUGACAUUCCUGAAACCAUCCUGAAUGAUCGUGAUAAAUAAACUAGAUGACCAAAUGUCAAAAUGGACAAAAUGGACACCACACAGGCAAAACAAAUCAACCCCUUCUUUGCAGACACAAAUCUAACCCAGACAACACAUACACACAUCUAACUGGUCAUCUAAAAUAAUUCUCCUUGAGGAGGUAAAUCCGGUCAGGCUUCUUCUAUCCUCGUUCAUGGAGCAGGAGCCUCAAACAGGCUAAACUUAGUACCGGUUAUGCAGCCAAGAAUCUGCUGGCAAUGCAUUAACAAGAUUAUUUGUUAACUAUGCAUCAUAGUGAAACAGCCUCCUUUGCCGCUGCUUUGACCCAACUGGUUCACAUGGGGAGAGAAAGGGUUGUCUCUAGCCAGCAGUGGUUUCGAUUUGCAGCUGUGACAUUGACUGGGAGACUUGUCAUUGCGGGUGGUAGAGACUGUAAAAAGCAUGCUGGGCAGAGGCCCCACACAUACACACACACACACACACACACACACACACACACACACACACACAUUCAUAUAGAAAUAUUAGUACAGACACACACUUGCUCCCUCCCUUUGUCCUCUGCAAAGUGGUGAUCGCCCCUCCUCUCAUGCCCCUGUGUUCCUUCCCUAGGGGAGCCCAAACCUGCUGUGCCAUCAGAAGUUCGUCCCGUCCCCCUCCUCUUUCUCCGGCCCUAAUCUUAUCACAUCUCAUGCACUCAUCUUCCUCACCUCACUUCUCAGUUGUCCUCCUGUAAGACUGCCACACCACUAGGAUUAGGAAUAUUAGAACUGUUCUGUGACCUUUCUUAAACUGUUUUUCUUGUUCCAGUAGACAGCUCAGUUAAUAAUCUGUUAUUCUGUCUUCUUUCUCUGACUGUUCACACAAAUUUCUUAAUCCCGGUAUCCUGGACCGGGACAAAGAGAUGUUUUUAGCCAAAGUGAAGUCAGAUCAAGUUGAACAUUUCAGCAACCAUAAAAAAUAGAUAAAGAACAUCAGAUCUCAUAAUUUGGUUUUCUUCUUGCAGUGCUGUAAAACAUUUGUCCUCUUACAGAUUACUUCUGUUUCUGCUUUUCUUUACCCACUUGUGUUUCAGAUCAAACAAGUUUUAUUGUCAGAAAAUGAUAGCAUUAGUUAACACAAAAAGUAAUUUUCAGAUAAUGAUUCCUCUUUUUAAUGGAAAAAAAGCAAUCCAAAGCAACCUGGCUCUGCACCCUAAACCUCAGAACUGAUUUCACCAUCCCUUUAAGGAUUUGCAAUACCUGGCACUGGGUCUUUUACAUCGCUGUGGAGGAAUUGUUGCCCACUCCUCUUUGCAGAAUUGUUUUUUUUGGCGGGUUUUCCGCUAUAAAAGCUAUAUUUAUACUCAUGCCACAGCAUCUCAAUUGGAUUUAAGUCCAGAAACUUACUAGUGAAAUUUAUUUGCAUAGAGGUAUGAUGGUUAGCUUGUUGAGAUCUUUCAGCCUACUUCAUGUUGUCUGUUGUGUUCUGUUUAAGCGCCUGAGUGUGGCUAGUAAAAGGAACCAAAAAAGGUGGCUAAAAACUCAAGACAUAACAAAAACUGCUUUUCAUUGUUAUUCUUUGUCUGACAUUAAAAUUUCUUGAAACAUUUAAGUGUGAUGAAAAAGUAAAAACUAUAUAAAUCUAGAAGGGGGUAAAUACUUUUUUUUACAAAUCUGUAUGUGGGUAAAAAAAACAAAACAAUUAAAAGUCAAAUGCAUGUUUUAGAUCAAACAAAAAAUACUUCUCAACCCUUUUACUUCUACAAUUUAACCUUCUCUAAAAUAGAUCAAAUCCAUUAUUUUGAACCCGGCUCCAAGUCAAAUCAGAAGCAGAAUAAAUGCAAAUCAGUUUUUUUUUAUUUAUUAGGAUUUUCCACCAAGUGUGCACUGCUCGACUGUAUCUCAGUAUGACUCCGAAACCAGAAGGGAAUUCAACAUCACAUCUUGACAGCAAUUAGUGGCACAAUCUGUUCCAUGCUUGCGGAUAUAACUAGGCUUCGGACAGAUCACAUGCUGAAGCGUUACAAUGUUCUCUACAUCUUCAUAUUAUUCAACUGUGGAAGAGAACUAAUGCGCACGGAUCAGCCGACAAAAAUCCGACUUUAGCAGCUGUUUCAAUCAAAAAAAGAGAAAUAGAUACAUGAGUUCUCACCUUACUGUGGCCUUUUGUGUAACAAUCUGGAGUUGUUUUAAAAUUAUGUUGAUUCUGUGUGGACGUGAGUGUGUGUGUGUGUGUGUGUGUGCGUGUGUGUGUGUGUGUGUGUGUGUGUGUGUGUGUGUGUGUGUGUGUGUGUUUGUGUCCAUGGCUUCCUAUCUAGGCUGUUUAGGAGAUAUUUCUAUUUGUGUUUUGGUAACAAAAUGAAAAAAAAAUGAACAAACAAGACAGAGGAAGACGGAAAUACAUUGUGAUGCAAAGACAGAAGGAAUAAAUUUGGUUAUAAUAUUUCAACCUGUUCUUUUCUUAAAAAAAAAAACAACUAAAAGAAAACAUAUCUGUCAACACUCACCAAAGCCUGCGAUGCCUGUUUUAAAUAAUCGAUUCUUGUACAAAACAUAUAAAAGGGCAGAAAAGACGUACAGAUCCACAAAAUGAAGUAUUGCCUUUGAUUAUUCUGGAGGGGAUGGUUUGAAAAAAAGUGAAAUGCUUCUUUAAGAAAAUGUGUAUGUUUUUUAUUCAAUUUUCUAGUAGUUGCAAACAAAUCUUGGUGUUUUUUCUCUUUGUGUGUCGUGCGUUGUCUUAAUAUUUGAAUGUAUUUUACUGCAGUGCGAAUUUGCCAAAGAUAUCAUGUCACUUGAUUUCUCUUCAGCAACCCUCCUUUUGUUUUUGCUCCUGACAGGUAAUUGGUUGUAUCCCGAAAGGGAAUAAAUGGUGAAUUUGAUAUAACGCUUAUGUUUUCUGAUUUUAUGGUUAUAUUAUGGUUAUUAAAUUUUAUGGCUUUGAUUUUUACUGUGAAAUUUUGAAUUGCAGUUUGCUUGAAGCAUCUCUUCAUACUCAGUCUGUGUACCUGUCCACCUGUCCACCUGAGUGACUGUUUGUUGGUGAAUUAUUCCAUUUAUGUAUCAGUAAUGUGAAACUGAGAAGUAACUAUUUGUAAAUAUUUGCCAUAAUUUUAUUGGUCCUUCAAAAUAAAAAUAAUUUUUUGGAA